CUUCUCCACCAUCUCCACCAUCAACAACGCUCAUUUUGGCUCAUUUCUUGCAGUUUUCCCAUUUUCGCAACAUAAGUUAACGGAAUUUCACGGCAAGUGGAUGUGUGGUGCGGCGAAUGGCACAGUGGGCCCAUGAAGAUAAUAAAAAAAAUACGCUGAAUAUAAAAUUGCUAAAAUAAAGCCGAAAGUGGGAGUUAAUGGGCGUAAAAUAAUUCUGUGGAACGUGAAAAUAAUUCAAGUUUACAUAAGUGGAAAGAAAUAAAGUGCUGUUAAAAUCGUAUUGUUUUUAUCAAUGAAGAUUCAGCCUCUUAGGCCGCUGCAAGCAUUGAUUUUGCCAAACUCUUACAAUUAGGGUGGGUGCUAAGGAAAGUGUGGCCGAGCAGACAAGCAUCCUUAGAAAAAUAGAAAAAGGGUGUAACAAACGCACAAAAGUGUUGAGAAAAGUGAUAUUUUCUUAAUCAGCAGUUUAAACCUUAAAUGAAGACAUAUGCCAUAUGGAAGGAUCAAAGCUGAUACCCCCACAACUAGACAGCUUUAAAGAUAAAAACAAACAAAAGUAAGACGAAAGUUGGAAAAAAUAAACUCUAGGCAUAAGACUGAUUGAAGAGAAUAGUAGUGCUCAAUAAAAAACGGGGAGCUGACUGACCAAUGCAAAUAGGAAAUCAACUGCUAGAAAACCACCGAAAAAUUAGACAGCUUCCCACCACUCCAAUUAAAAUAAAGCAAAAGAAUUAAAGACUAAACGUAAAUAAGAUUUAAUUGAAACUAAAACUCACAAUUAAAGAAUGUCGUCGAGCUUGAAGGAGAAAGUAACGGCUGCUAUACGAAAAUUUAAUAAGAGUCGAAGUCGCAGUGGCAGCGGUGAUAAAACAGCUGAAGCUGGGGGCGACGGAGCUAAUGGGAAUAACUCUGGAGGUAAUGUCGGGGGCAAUGUAACAGCAAAGAACUCAAAUGUAAACGCCAUGGCCGCAGGCGUGACAGCUGAAUCGCCAGGCAAACGAUUGCGAAGACAGGAUAACAAAGUUUCACCAGCCACAAGUCGUAUGGUUAUGUCGGUCAAUGCUCAACAUGCACCCGACCACAGUAUUCGCGCUCGUCGUUUGAUGAAAGAGUACAAGGAGAUACAGAAAGUGCACAACAGCAAAAAGGACCCAGUUUUCACGGUGGAGCUUAUCAAUGACAACCUGUACGAAUGGUAUGCCCGUCUGCAUAUCGUCGAUCCAGACUCAAAGCUAGCGAAAGACAUGACCGAAAUGAACAUUCCAUUUAUACUCCUGCAUCUAGUGUUUCCCGAUAACUUCCCAUUUGCACCGCCAUUUAUGCGAGUCGUCGAGCCGCGCAUCGAGAAGGGUUUCGUAAUGGAAGGUGGAGCUAUUUGCAUGGAACUUCUGACGCCACGCGGCUGGGCGUCAGCGUACACUGUGGAGGCGGUGCUAAUGCAAUUUUCAGCGAGCUUAGUGAAGGGUCAAGGACGUAUUGUGCGAAAGACCAAAAGUACAAAGGAAUUUAGCAGACGCACCGCGGAGGAAGCGUUUCGAUCAUUGGUAAAAACCCACGAAAAAUACGGGUGGGUGACACCGGCACUCGCUGACGGCUGAAUUGCCCAUUGAUGUAUACUCGUACAACACUCACCUGUAUACACUCGAAACGUUAGUAUUAACAUUCAAAUUAAGCUGUCACCACAAAUAAAAGCACGAACACACAAAAGUAUGUGAGAUUCUGGUCUAACAAUAAUGAGCAAAAAUAUACUCGUAAUUAAGUUAAUUCCAUAAAUAUGUAUGUAUGAAAACCACAUAAUACAGUAUGGGUGUAUGUUUAAAAAUCUGUAAAAUCCAUAUUAGAUUCCUUAACGUUUUUGUUAAAGAACUGCCACAAGAUAAUAAUUUUUUAUUAUGUGAUUUGUAUUAAUAGUCGCGUUCGAUAACACAAACAUUUGUAAUAGUUAUUCCUAAUUUUUUCAAGUUAAGAAAAUUGUCCAUCACUCAAAAAUUGAGAGAACAAAGUGACAGUUCCAUGCAAGAGAAACGUUCACUUUCUGCUGGAGCAAUUUUAGCCAACCGAAAAUUGUCCAUCACCAGAAUAUACGAUCUGAAAGCAUAUGAUGGAACUUUUUGCAAACAAAAAAAUUGUGACAUAAAAUUAACAAAAUUGUGCCAUUAAACGACAAAACAAAAAAAAACCUCUUAGAUAACACGAAAAAGUUGGUUUGUUGUGUCUUUCUACCGGUUUUUGCAAGAGAUGGCAAAUUUUCCGUUCGAAGUGGGAUUACGAAUAUUUUUUUUUUUUGUUGCCUUUAUCCUUGUAACUAUCUUUACAUUAGAAACUAGUCGAAUAAACCCGGAUUAAAACCUGGAUGUGGGGUUUAGACCGGAAAAUUUGUCAUCACUUGCAAAAACCGGUAGAAAACUUUUUCGUGUUAUCUAUGAGGUUUUUUUUUGUUUUGUCGUUUAAUGGCACAAUUUUGUUAAUUUCAUGUCACAAUUUUUUUGUUUACAAAAAGUUCCAUCACAUGCUUUCAGAUAAUAUAUUGUGGUGAUGGACAAUUUUCGGUUGGCUAAAAUUGCUUCAGUAGAAAGACCUAUCAGACCAACUUUUUCGUGCUAUCCAAAUUUUCCGUUCGUAACCCCACAUCUACACCUUCUACAAUUGUACAGAUCCAUAAGUAAAAACACUCUCUGUUGGUCGUAAAAAAAUCCCCACAACUGAGAUCACCGGAUUCCAAAACGCUCUUUUAUGUAUCAAGGUUGCAUAAAGAAUUACAAAAUCUCAUAGAAAAUCGUAUCAAAAAGUAUAAAAAAUGUACAAAUUUAGAUAUUUCUUAAUAAAAAAGCAUUAUUAAAGCUAAGAAGUAUAUUAAAAAUAUUUCUUAUUGAAAAUUUUCCGAGUCAAACAUAUUUUGUAUUGUUUUUUUUUUGUCUAUAUUCAAUAACCGAAAAAAUUCUAUUCCAUACCAUAAAAAUUCUAAUUUGGCAUAGCCCCCCCACCAAUACGCUCAAGCGUACCAAGCACUCCUAGUAUUACACACGUAGGCGCCGGCAAACUCACAUCUAGGUUGCCUGUCAAAAAAAGUAGGAGGAAGAAGAGUGUUUUUACUUGUAUUUCUGUAUAAUGCCUUCAUCUGUCAAAUUCCUGUUUUAACCUUGUCCUGUUUUCUCAUGUGGGCAGCUUGCUGUCUUAAAACCACAUAAAACAAAUCGGAUCGCUGUAUUCGAGCAUGCAAAUGGCGCGGUGACUACUAAAUGACAGCUGAUGUUGGUAAGAAUUUCGG